GGAGUGGGGGAUCAAAGAGAGAGAGAGAGAGAGAGGAUCGAGAGAGAUGAGCAGCAACGGGGGAAAGCUGGAGACGCGGACGUUCCUGGACGAGAUACGGAGCAUGGAGAAGGGGUGGCUCUUCGACCUCGGCCAUCCCCUCCUCAACCGCAUCGCCGAGAGCUUCGUCAAGGCCGCUGGGAUCGGGGCAAUCCAGGCGAUCUCUCGAGAGGCCUACUUCACGGCGGUGGAAGGCGUGGUCGCAGAUUCAGACGGGGUGCCCGACAUCGCCACUGCCAGCAGCAAGAGGAACAAGUUCCCGGAUGUGAGAGGGGAGAACGGCAAGAAGUCGCUGGAAGUAGUGGUGAAGAAUACUAGCAAGGAGUCACUCCAAUGGGGAAUGGCUGCUGGAGUUUACUCUGGCUUAACCUACGGUUUGAGGGAAGUUCGCGGAACUCAUGAUUGGAAGAACAGCGCAGUUGCAGGCGCGAUCACCGGAGCUGCGGUAGCUCUGACCUCCGACAACGCCUCCCACGAGCAGAUCGUCCAGUGCGCCAUCACCGGAGCCGCAUUGUCGACCGCUGCCAACCUACUCUCCGGCAUAUUCUGAUUAGAGGCUUCUUUUAAAUUAAUAUGUCCUCUGCUGAACUCUUUAGGUGCUUUUUUUUUCUUUCUCUGGAUCCAUAAAACUGAGAUGUGCAUGCUUUGUUUAGUCUUGGUUAUGAACACAAUUUACUUUUUGGACUAGUUUGUUCUCUCUGUUUCAUGUGUUAUGCAGAUUAAUUUUUGGUGCUUUA